UCUGUGCCUGCUCGAGUGAGCGCCUUUCGACGGCCAAGUCGUCGCGCGCGCAGGGGAACCGGGGCGCCUGAGCCGCCCCCGCGUCCGCGACCAUGUUCCGCUCCCAGUACGACACGGACGUGACGGUGUGGAGCCCCCAGGGUCGCCUCCUCCAGGUCGAGUACGCCAUGGAGGCCGUCAAGCAGGGGUCCGCGUGCCUCGGCAUCGUCGGCGAGGGCUGCGUCGUGCUGGCCGCCCUCAAGCGCCAGCCCAACGAGCUGUCGGGCUACCAGCGCAAGCUCCUGAAAAUCGACGAGCACAUGACCAUCGCCGUCGCGGGCCUGAACGCCGACGCGCGGACGCUCGCCAAGACGAUGCGGACCGAGUGCCUCAACCACCGCUACGUCUACGGCGCGCCGCUCCAGGGCGCGCGCCUCGUCCUCGACAUCGCGGACAAGUACCAGCGCUGCACGCAGAUGUACGUGCGGCGGCCCUACGGCGUCGGCCUCCUCGUCGCUUGCGUCGACGCGACGGGCCCGCACCUCUACGAGACGUGCCCGUCGGGCAACUACAACGAGUACGUCGCCGUCGCCAUCGGCGCGCGGGCCCAGAGCGCCAAGACCUACCUCGAGAAGCACGUCGACGCCUUCAAGGGCUGCGGCGUCGACGAGCUCUGCAAGCACGCGUUGAAGGGGUUGGCGGGCUGCGUCGCGGGCGACAAGGAGCUCGACGCCGCGUCGGCGAGCCUCGCCAUCGUGUCCUUCGACGCCGCCGCCGGCGAGGCCGCCACCCAGAUCAUCGAGGACGGCGACGUCCAGAAGUACCUCGACACCGUCGAGAUCGACGCCGCCGCCGCGCAGGCCGAGAACAUGGCCGUCGACGACGCGCCCGCGGCCGACGCCAUGGAGACGUGAGAGGGGGGCGCCCGAGUGCCAAGCCCGCGCGUUUCUACUAACAUUGCUUGCGCGGC